UGCUAGGACCGCUCGGCCGAGCAGUCCUCCCAUCCCAUGUCACUGCCUUCCCCGCCACCUCGCUUAUGGAUAUGAUUCACCAUACCGGCAUCCUUUUACCCCAAGAGCUGGAGCACCAGCACACCGUGUCCCCGGUCCUCCCCCCGAAAGAUCCUCUAUAUAUACACAGCCUCUUUCCUCCUCUUUCCCACCGUUCUCCUCCCUUCCUAACUGCAAGGGUUCUGAUAUCGAUCGAGCAGCAGCUGGGAAAGGAGUCUUUGUAUUGGGAGGAGGAGAUCGAUGGGGCAGCCGUUUGGCGACACGACACUGACCAAAGUGUUCAUCGGUGGGCUUGCGUGGGAGACGCAGAAGGAGGCGCUCCGCGAGCACUUCGACAAGUACGGCGACAUCCUCGAGGCCGUCAUUAUCUCCGACAAGACCACCGGCCGAUCCAAGGGCUACGGCUUCGUGACGUUUAAGGAACCAGAGGCGGCGCGGAAGGCGUGCGAAGACGCGGCGCCGAUGAUAAACGGCCGCCGUGCCAACUGCAACCUCGCUUCCCUGGGCGCGAAGCGCGGCAGCCUGCGCCCCUCUCCUCCCACCACUCCAACGCCGCUCCCUGCCCACGGCUACCACCCCCCACCUGGGAUGGCGGUGGAAUCGAGGGGCGUGUCAACGGUCCCGCCGGCAGCACCGUGGUCCUACCCACAUACCUCGGGGACGCCGACGCCACUCUCGCCGUUCCAACUCCACCACUGGCACGGUGUUCUCCCCUUCUACGAUGCCGCCGCCUACGGGUACCCCCCUAAUUACGUGACAGACUUGGGUUACAAUGCGUUUGAUGAGCAGAAGCUGGGCAUCAUUGGUGGGGGACGAUACUUCCAGGGGCAGUUCCCUUACCCAGCACAAGGUGGAAUGGUUGUUCCCAAUGGGAUGAUGCCAAUCUACCCACUCUACCACUUGCAAUAUCAUCAAGGCAUGGGAGUGCAUUAUUCCCACUGCUUCCCUACCACAAACGCUGCUACUGGUGCCGCAAUGACAACCAUUCCCACCAUCGCCAAGCCUACCACAGUCCCUCCUCCAAUUACCGCAGUUUGUGUAGGUAUGGAACGAGUCAGUGGAGGCAGCCAUAUGGUUGAAUAGAAGCAGCAUGAAGCACCCUCAUCUGAAGAAGGGUUCUGUCUCUUAUUUAUUCCAUCAGACCUAUCGGAUUCUUUCAAUUCAGUCUAACCUGCAUCGCGGUGAUGCUCACUCAAUCUGUAACCGACACAUUUUUAGUUUACCAAAUUAUUUUAUGGUAAACUCUUAGAACUUCUAUUUCACGAAUAGCAUCUAUCUACUAGACAUGUCGGUUCCUUCCUAAA